CGCCCCUAAAUCACCACAGCCCUUUUACAUCUACCUUUUGCGCCGACAUCUCUCCCCCUCUCUGUCCAUCGCCUCCAUAGCUACACGACCACGGUGAUCUUCCCGGCCAACGACCGACACUUCGCCUAUCCUUUCUCUCGACAACCCACCGUUCUGCACUAAUCUCUUCUUCUUCCGCAACACGUUCCAUUCUAGAACCUUCAUGGUAAGCAGUGCGUCCCAGGUUUCAGGCUAUCGACCUUGACGAACACCGGCUUCCUCAGGCCUAGUUUGGCAGCAGCGCCGGUGUUCGGCUCUGUGCUUCGGAGGCCAUGGAUGAGUGAGAACCCCAAAAAAAAAAAACGACGAAGAUGGUGUUUUUCUCUCUGACGAAGAUGGUGUUUUUCUCUCUGACUUAUCACUACCAACCGAGGUGAGUUUUAUAUGCUUUUCACUUCUAUCCAAAUACACCCACUACUUAAAGUUCCAAUUUUUCAACACAAAUCCGCAGCAGGUUGCAUUUUUCUUCAUUACAUCCAUCAUCGAUAUAUACACAAACAUUUCUACCUUUUCCCAAUGACCUCACUGCUCAAACGAAGAGCACAACCUUUAAAAAUCAUCCUCACAAACUCAUCAAGCCUCUCUCCGAAGCUCAAUCUUAUUAAACCCUCCCAAAAACCUAAAAACCAUAUCCCAUGUGAACAAUCUAGGGUUCUAAAAUGCCACCCUUUUUCAACCCUGUCCUCGAAAUUCCCCGAAUACGAAAUGCCCUCGGUCACGUGGGGUGUUGUUCAAGGGCGAAAAGAGAAGCUUGUCUCUCGUGUCAUAAUUUGUGAUUACUUGAAAGGUAUAGGCAUAGUCCCAGAUGAAUUGGAGGACCUGGAAUUACCAUCCAAUGUCGAAGUGAUGCGCGAACGAGUCGAGUUUUUGCAGAAACUAGGGUUGACUAUUGAUGAUAUCAAUGAGUACCCGUUGAUGCUGGGUUGUAGCAUGCGUAAAAAUGUGAUACCUGUUUUGGGUUACUUAGAAAAGAUUGGAGUUCAAAGGUCGAGGCUUGGGGAGUUUAUUAAGAAUUACCCGCAAGUUUUGCACGCAAGUGUUGUGGUUGAGCUCGUUCCAGUGGUGAAGUUUCUCCGUGGGCUUGAUGUGGAAAAACAGGAUAUUGGUUACGUGUUGAUGAAGUAUCCGGAGCUGUUAGGGUUUAAGCUUGAAGGCACGAUGAGUACAUCCGUGGCAUAUCUUGUUAGUAUUGGAGUGAAUCCAAGAGACAUUGGACCUAUGGUAACUCAGUAUCCUUACUUUCUGGGAAUGAGAGUUGGGACGAUGAUCAAACCACUUGUUGAUUACUUGGUUUCCUUAGGUUUGCCAAAGAAGAUACUGGCUAGGUUGCUUGAGAAGCGUGCAUAUGUACUUGGUUACGAUCUUGAAGAGACUGUUAAGCCGAAUGUGGAGUGUUUGAUAAGUUUUGGGAUUCGAAGGGAAACUCUUGCUUCAGUUAUUGCCCAGUACCCACAGAUUAUUGGUCUUCCUUUGAAAGCCAAAUUGUCGACACAACAGUAUUUCUUCAAUUUAAAGCUCAAGAUUGAUCCUGAGGGAUUUGCUAGAGUCAUUGAACGGAUGCCGCAACUAAUUAGCCUUAACCAGAAUGUGCUUAUGAAACCUAUUGAGUUCCUUAUUGCACGGGCUAUACUGUCUGAGGAUGUUGCGAAGAUGGUUGUCAAAUGUCCCCAGUUAGUUGCAGUGCCUCUUGGGCUCAUGAAAAACAGUUAUUACUUUUUCAAGAGUGAGAUGGGAAGGCCGGUGAAAGAGCUGGUGGAGUUUCCAGAAUACUUCACUUAUAGCUUGGAAUCAAGGAUCAAACCCAGGUACCAGAGGUUGCAGAGCAAAGGAAUAAGAUGUUCAUUGGCUUGGUUGCUCAAUUGUAGUGACCAGAGAUUCGAAGAGAGACUGCAGGCUGAUUAUAUCGAAACUGAGAGUGCAGGCCCAUCAUUCAUUAUGGGAGGGAAAUUAGAGCUACCAGGAGGUGAGAAUAUGUCCGAUGUAGAUGAGGAGAGUGAUGAUGAAAUACUUUACAGACGCACUGUCUCCCUUUAGCACAUUUUUCGUUGUUACAUUAAAUUAUAAAUUCAGUUUUUUAAAUUUGGUAAUGGCCAUGCGUUGUUCUUUUUCUGUGGGAUUAUCUAUUCGUUCAAUGACGAUAUAUAUGCGAGUAAGAAAUUCGUUCUUCA